CUGCUGACACCACUUCUAAGAAGCAAAUUUACAAUCAUGGCCGAUUCGAAUAAAACAACAUCAACAACAGGUGUAGGAGGAUAUGAUAGUUGCGGCUGCUGCUGUUGCUAUUCUUCACCCCGAACACUUCUCCCAACACCAACGACAAACAAAGACCACAUUCAAGUUUCGAACUCAGAUCAGCAUGAGUUGCAUAUCAAACAAGAAUCUUCUUCCAGAAUCACUCAUGAUGAAUCAAAAAAAUUAGUCUUCAACUCUAACAAUACUAAAACCGUGACUUCAACUGCCAAUGUAGAUAAUAUGAAAAAGGAAGACAAGAAGGAGAACGACAAUCAAGUUUCUAACUCAGUUGACAAUAACUUGCAUAUCGAACAAAAAACUUCUUCUACUGGCAUUUAUGGUAAAGAAGAAAAAAUAGUCUUCAAUUCUAGCAAUGCUAAAAUCACGAGUUCAACUGGCAAUGCUGAUAAUACCAAAAAGGACGAGAAGAAGGAGAACGACAAUCAAGUUUCUAACUCAGUUGACAAUAACUUGCAUAUCGAACAAAAAACUUCUUCUACUGGCUCUUAUGGUAAAGAAGAAAAAUUAGUCUUGAACUCCAGCAAUGCUAAAAUCACGAGUUCAACUGGCAAUGCUGAUAAUACCAAAAAGGACGAGAAGAAGGAGAACGACAAUCAAGUUUCUAACUCAGUUGACAAUAACUUGCAUAUCGAACAAAAAACUUCUUCUACUGGCUCUUAUGGUAAAGAAGAAAAAUUAGUCUUCAAUUCUAGCAAUGCUAAAAUCACGACUUCAACUGGCAAUGCUGAUAAUACCAAAAAGGACGAGAAGAAGGAGAACGACAAUAAAGUUUCUAACUCAGUUGACAAUAACUUGCAUAUCGAACAAAAAACUUCUUCUACUGGCUCUUAUGGUAAAGAAGAAAAAUUAGUCUUCAAUUCUAGCAAUGCUAAAAUCACGACUUCAACUGGCAAUGCUGAUAAUACCAAAAAGGACGAGAAGAAGGAGAACGACAAUAAAGUUUCUAACUCAGUUGACAAUAACUUGCAUAUCGAACAAAAAACUUCUUCUACUGGCUCUUAUGGUAAAGAAGAAAAAUUAGUCUUCAAUUCUAGCAAUGCUAAAAUCACGACUUCAACUGGCAAUGCUGAUAAUACCAAAAAGGACGAGAAGAAGGAGAACGACAAUAAAGUUUCUAACUCAGUUGACAAUAACUUGCAUGUCGAACAAAAAACUUCUUCUACUGGCUCUUAUGGUAAGGAAGAAAAAUUAGUCUUGAACUCCAGCAAUGCUAAAAUCACGACUUCAACUGGCAAUGCUGAUAAUACCAAAAAGGAGGAGAAGAAGGAGAACGACAAUCAAGUUUCUAACUCAGUUGACAAUAACUUGCAUAUCGAACAAAAAACUUCUUCUACUGGCUCUUAUGGUAAAGAAGAAAAAUUAGUCUUCAACUCUAGCAAUGCUGAAAUCACGACUUUAACAGGCAAUGCUGAUAAUACCAAAAAGGACGAGAAGAAGGAGAACGACAAUCAAGUUUCUAACUCAGUUGACAAUAACUUGCAUAUCGAACAAAAAACUUCUUCUACUGGCUCUUAUGGUAAAGAAGAAAAAUUAGUCUUCAAUUCUAGCAAUGCUAAAAUCACGACUUCAACUGGCAAUGCUGAUAAUACCAAAAAGGACGAGAAGAAGGAGAACGACAAUAAAGUUUCUAACUCAGUUGACAAUAACUUGCAUGUCGAACAAAAAACUUCUUCUACUGGCUCUUAUGGUAAGGAAGAAAAAUUAGUCUUGAACUCCAGCAAUGCUAAAAUCACGACUUCAACUGGCAAUGCUGAUAAUACCAAAAAGGAGGAGAAGAAGGAGAACGACAAUCAAGUUUCUAACUCAGUUGACAAUAACUUGCAUAUCGAACAAAAAACUUCUUCUACUGGCUCUUAUGGUAAAGAAGAAAAAUUAGUCUUCAAUUCUAGCAAUGCUAAAAUCACGACUUCAACUGGCAAUGCUGAUAAUACCAAAAAGGACGAGAAGAAGGAGAACGACAAUCAAGUUUCUAACUCAGUUGACAAUAACUUGCAUGUCGAACAAAAAACUUCUUCUACUGGCUCUUAUGGUAAGGAAGAAAAAUUAGUCUUGAACUCCAGCAAUGCUAAAAUCACGACUUCAACUGGCAAUGCUGAUAAUACCAAAAAGGAGGAGAAGAAGGAGAACGACAAUCAAGUUUCUAACUCAGUUGACAAUAACUUGCAUAUCGAACAAAAAACUUCUUCUACUGGCUCUUAUGGUAAAGAAGAAAAAUUAGUCUUCAAUUCUAGCAAUGCUAAAAUCACGACUUCAACUGGCAAUGCUGAUAAUACCAAAAAGGACGAGAAGAAGGAGAACGACAAUCAAGUUUCUAACUCAGUUGACAAUAACUUGCAUAUCGAACAAAAAACUUCUUCUACUGGCUCUUAUGGUAAAGAAGAAAAAUUAGACUUCAACUCUAGCAAUGCUAAAAUCACGACUUCAACUGGCAAUGCUGAUAAUACCAAAAAGGAAGAGAAGAAGGAGAACUACUAUAAAGUUACGGAUUGUAGCGAUUAUGGUUUCGUGUCUUCUAUUGCCUUUUCUGAAGAGAAGAAGGAGAACGACAAUCAAGUUUCUAACUCAGGUGACAAUAAUUUGCAAAUCGAACAAAAAACUUCUUCUACUGGCUCUUAUGGUAAAGAAGAAAAAUUAGUCUUCAACUCUAGCAAUGCUGAAAUCACGACUUCAACUGGCAAUGCUGAUAAUACCAAAAAGGACGAGAAGAAAGAGAACGACAAUCAAGUUUCUAACUCAGUUGACAAUAACUUGCAUAUCGAACAAAAAACUUCUUCUACUGGCUCUUAUGGUAAAGAAGAAAAAUUAGUCUUCAAUUCUAGCAAUGCUAAAAUCACGACUUCAACUGGCAAUGCUGAUAAUACCAAAAAGGACGAGAAGAAGGAGAACGACAAUCAAGUUUCUAACUCAGUUGACAAUAACUUGCAUAUCGAACAAAAAACUUCUUCUACUGGCUCUUAUGGUAAAGAAGAAAAAUUAGUCUUCAAUUCUAGCAAUGCUAAAAUCACGACUUCAACUGGCAAUGCUGAUAAUACCAAAAAGGACGAGAAGAAGGAGAACGACAAUCAAGUUUCUAACUCAGGUGACAAUAAUUUGCAAAUCGAACAAAAAACUUCUUCUACUGGCUCUUAUGGUAAAGAAGAAAAAUUAGUCUUCAACUCUAGCAAUGCUGAAAUCACGACUUUAACUGGCAAUGCUGAUAAUACCAAAAAGGACGAGAAGAAGGAGAACGACAAUCAAGUUUCUAACUCAGUUGACAAUAUCUUGCAUAUCGAACAAAAAACUUCUUCUACUGGCUCUUAUGGUAAAGAAGAAAAAUUAGUCUUCAAUUCUAGCAAUGCUAAAAUCACGACUUCAACUGGCAAUGCUGAUAAUACCAAAAAGGACGAGAAGAAGGAGAACGACAAUCAAGUUUCUAACUCAGUUGACAAUAUCUUGCAUAUCGAACAAAAAACUUCUUCUACUGGCUCUUAUGGUAAAGAAGAAAAAUUAGUCUUCAAUUCUAGCAAUGCUAAAAUUUCGAGUUCAACUGGCAAUGCUGAUAAUACCAAAAAGGACGAGAAGAAGGAGAACGACAAUCAAGUUUCUAACUCAGUUGACAAUAACUUGCAUAUCGAACAAAAAACUUCUUCUACUGGCUCUUAUGGUAAAGAAGAAAAAUUAGUCUUCAAUUCUAGCAAUGCUAAAAUCACGACUUCAACUGGCAAUGCUGAUAAUACCAAAAAGGACGAGAAGAAGGAGAACGACAAUCAAGUUUCUAACUCAGGUGACAAUAAUUUGCAAAUCGAACAAAAAACUUCUUCUACUGGCUCUUAUGGUAAAGAAGAAAAAUUAGUCUUCAACUCUAGCAAUGCUGAAAUCACGACUUUAACUGGCAAUGCUGAUAAUACCAAAAAGGACGAGAAGAAGGAGAACGACAAUCAAGUUUCUAACUCAGUUGACAAUAUCUUGCAUAUCGAACAAAAAACUUCUUCUACUGGCUCUUAUGGUAAAGAAGAAAAAUUAGUCUUCAAUUCUAGCAAUGCUAAAAUCACGACUUCAACUGGCAAUGCUGAUAAUACCAAAAAGGACGAGAAGAAGGAGAACGACAAUCAAGUUUCUAACUCAGUUGACAAUAACUUGCAUAUCGAACAAAAAACUUCUUCUACUGGCUCUUAUGGUAAAGAAGAAAAAUUAGACUUCAACUCUAGCAAUGCUAAAAUCACGACUUCAACUGGCAAUGCUGAUAAUACCAAAAAGGAAGAGAAGAAGGAGAACUACUAUAAAGUUACGGAUUGUAGCGAUUAUGGUUUCGUGUCUUCUAUUGCCUUUUCUGAAGAGAAGAAGGAGAACGACAAUCAAGUUUCUAACUCAGGUGACAAUAAUUUGCAAAUCGAACAAAAAACUUCUUCUACUGGCUCUUAUGGUAAAGAAGAAAAAUUAGUCUUCAACUCUAGCAAUGCUGAAAUCACGACUUCAACUGGCAAUGCUGAUAAUACCAAAAAGGACGAGAAGAAAGAGAACGACAAUCAAGUUUCUAACUCAGUUGACAAUAACUUGCAUAUCGAACAAAAAACUUCUUCUACUGGCUCUUAUGGUAAAGAAGAAAAAUUAGUCUUCAAUUCUAGCAAUGCUAAAAUCACGACUUCAACUGGCAAUGCUGAUAAUACCAAAAAGGACGAGAAGAAGGAGAACGACAAUCAAGUUUCUAACUCAGUUGACAAUAACUUGCAUAUCGAACAAAAAACUUCUUCUACUGGCUCUUAUGGUAAAGAAGAAAAAUUAAUCUUCACUUCUAGCAAUGCUAAAAUCACGACUUUAUCUGACAAUGCUGAUAAUACGAAAAAGGAAGAGAAGAAGGAGAUUGGUAAAAUUAUGUCAACUUCAGAUGAGCUUGAAGUGCAUGCCGUGAAUGAAUCAACAACAAGUAGCAGUUAUGUUGAAAAAAAAAUAUUCGACAUCAACGUAGAAAAAAAUGCAGCUUUAGCUGUCAAUGCAGGUAAUACUAAAACGGGAGAGAAGAAGGAGAUUAGUAAAGUAAUUUCCACUUCAGAUGAGCUUAAAGUUCAUACCGAGAAUGAAUCAGCAACUAGUAGCAGACAUGUUGAAAAAAAAAUUUUGGAUAUGAGUAAUGCUGGUGCAGCUGAAAUUUGUAUAUCAGAUUGUGGUAACCGGAAUGAAAUUAAUAACAAAGAAAGUUUUGGUUCUAUCAAUAGUGACAAGAUGGUGCAUGACGAGAAGAAAUUUGAUGCGAGCGACCGUCUUGUUGAACUCAAGAAUUCAUCCAUUGAUAGAAGCAGUGCUUCCACCGUUGGUGUAACUGUUAAAUCAGAAAGCACUAAACAGGAGGAGAAAAAAAUAACCGAAGCAAUGUCAUUAAGUGGAGAACGUACAGUACAUGAUGAGAAGAAAAUUACUACCACCAGCAUUCAUAGUAAUGUUAAUAGUUCAGCCAUUAAGACGACUAACGAUAGUGCAGCUGAAAUUCGUAUAUCAGAUUGUGGUAACCAGAAUGAAAUUAUUAACAAAGAAAGUUGUGGUUCUAUCAAUAGUGACAAGAUGGUGCAUGACGAGAAGAAAUUUGCUUCGAGCAACCGUCUUGUUGAAACCACAGAGAAGAUAGUAAAGAUUCAAGACGAUUUAACUAAAGUAUCUGGAACCCAAUUAAAGGGAAAAGUUUCUCAAAUUAAUGAGGGGAAAGCCGUGUGUCAACAGAAUAAUACAGUAAAGAACACUUUGAAAAAUAUUGAUCAGGAUAUAGUGAACAAAAAGUGUAGCAUUACCAAAAGUGCAAAGCAAGAUGUUGUCGAUAUUAAAAAUAAUCAAGAAGAUAAGACAUCUGAACAAUCGGGAAUUUUGUCUAAACUUGUGGGUUUCUUUGCACAUCCAGAAAAUGAAGUGAAGAUAGAUAUUAAGGAAACAAACAAAGAAUCAAAACAAGUUAAAAAGGCAGAAAAAGUAGCUAAGUCAAUUAAAGCAAUCGAAACAAUAAUGGGAAAAAAUAUUAAGGUUAUAACCAUGGAAUUCAUUGAAGACUGCAAACGUGGUACUAUUGAAGAAAAAAUGUCAAAAGCUGGAAUAGUGGUUUUUAAAACUACUGAUGAUGCGAAAUCUUUAAAAAAUGAAGAACUCCAAAAAGGAUGUACAAAUAAUACAAAAAAACAGCCAAAAAAAGAUGAAUGUUGUAUUUCUCAGCCAAUGAAGAAAGAAGACAAACUUCCAGAAAAGAAUGACAAUAAGAAGACUAAAGGUUCUAAAGGUAAAAAAGGAAACUAAACUGCUCUCUAAUAGACUUCAUUUUUUGAAUAAAUAUGAGUAUAUUGCUACUUAACAACAAAUAUAAAAAGUAAUGCGGAGAUUUAGAACAGCAUUAACCUUAUCAAUGAAAAUGAAGCAGUUUUCAAAAUUACAGAAAACAUUGCAUCAACAAUUAAUAUAAUACAAUGGAAUUAAAAUUAUACAUAAUGUUGAAAAUGUAACAAAAGAAUUAAAUAAAUGUAUAAUCAACAUA